UCCAAUGCCCAACACUCUUUUUUAAGUGUACUGAACGAACCCAGCUAAACCCUAGCCUCCCGACGCCGGGAACGACGACAACGGUCACUGCAGAUUUGCAGAUGGAAGCUCAAUUUUUUCGGUUUCUAAAGAUCGUGGGAGUGGGGUACAAAGCAAGAGCAGAAGCUCAGGGGAGGCUGCUGUAUCUGAAAUUAGGCUACAGUCAUGAGGUUGAACUCACAGUCCCUCCUGCGGUUCGUGUAUUCUGCUUCAAGAACAAUGUGGUUUGCUGCACCGGAAUUGAUAAGAACAGGGUGCACCAGUUUGCUGCUGCCGUUCGCAGUUGUAAGCCACCUGAAGUUUACAAAGGCAAGGGCAUUAUGUACAUUGAUGAAGUCAUCAAGAAGAAACAAGGAAAGAAGUCCAAGUGAUCAUUCAGUCUAUCUCAAACUCAAUCCCCAACUAUCUUUGCUUCUGAGUUCAAUCAGACAUUCCUCCGGUGCUUGGGAUUUGGUUGGUUUCUUUCUUUCUUUCUUACUUGCUACUAAAUAAGCAUCGAACAAGCAUCACUCUCCCCCUUCUGCUUCAGCUGCGUUUCAUAUGGAUGAACUGGGAGGAGGUUGUUCUAGGGGAUUUAGCUUCUAGUGUUUGUUUAUGUAAUCGAAAAAACAAGCAUUGAGAAAGUUUUUGCUUGUCUUGAGUCUUGAACUUUUAUCAUGUUGCCAUUGAAUAGGCCCAAGUCAUUAAUAACGAGAUUGUUCUGUAUUAUAUCCCUACCCUAUAUCCCUUACCAGCUCAGCCACAAUCUAUGAAUCCAUUCCAUUACAUGUG